AUUCAGUGUCACAGACGACGCCAUUAUUCAGGAGACCCAUGUAGUCGUAUGUAAACGAGGAUACGCAAGAAAAGAAUACGAUCUAUAAAAGGUCCAAGUUCGGAUCUUUCUCAGUGUAAAGAAUUAUCGAUAAAGAUCUUAACAAGAGACAGCAAGUCUUAGAAUGUCUUUCCUGCUGGAUGGGCUAGCUAGUGUCUUCACGUUCAUGACCCACGUGGCUCCACCAUUUUUUGAUGUGGACAUUGAUACCAGCGACACUGAUGGCUAUGCUAUAGCAGGACACCUAACAAAGAUUUGCACCAUAUCCAUAAAGUUUCCAGAUAAUUAUUGGCUGGGUGAUACUCGGGAAGAAAUCGAGUCUCUUAGACCUACCAUUUACCUUGUCAGUGAAGAAUCGGCACAUUCUGUAAAAAACGAUUUACGCGAAACGCUCGGCGAAGAUCACUGGGUCAGUGACCAAAAGGUACGCUUUGAUGUAUUCAUAAGUGUAACGGAAGCUGGAACCUAUGUGGCGGACAUAAAAUUCUCUAGAUAUGGAGUUUGUUUCCUCGGCCAGAAAACCGUUAGAUACACUGUAAGGCCAGCAGAACCAAGAUCUAUUGAACUCAUUGGCAAAGAACCAGAACCAGGCCAUGGGGAAGGCGACAACAUAUAUCGUGAGGGGAAGGUCAGAUUUUUUUUGAAGAUCAAAGAUGAACAUGGAAACACUUGCGAGGGAAAAUAUUUGAACUUUAACAUAACGCAAACAACUGGCUCAGUUACCUUAAUCUCGACGGAGUUUGACGAGUGGAGUUGUCACCAUGUUGUCACUGUACGUUGCGAUCAAACUGGGAUGGCUUCAUUUGGUCUCUCUCUACCAACUGCCAGCACACCUCGUCUAGAUUYGCAAGUGAAGGUUAUCCCUCCUCCAGUGUCCGCGUCCAAGUCUUCUGUUACCAAUCUCGAUGAGAUAGAGAACACAGAGCACGUGGCUGGUAUUCCAAUCAAAGUCAAAUUAGUUCUACGUGACAUUUUUGGGAAUGCGGUUCCUUAUGAAGAAAGGGAGAAAACUGCAAAACAAAUAGAAAUUAGUGUAAAGGAUACAGUGAAAACAAAACAAAUCAGCCCCAUAAAGUUCUCAACCACCAAAGUUAGAAACCUUGGAGAGAACUUCAACGAGUGUGAGCUUGAUGUUACACCCUUUUUAGCGGGACGUCGAAUUAUGUCUUUUUCUAUUACCAACGAAAAAGUGAAAGAUUUCCCAAUUGAGAUAAUCAUUGUGCCGGGCCCUGUGGCAGAAAUGCGAAUCCUUCGUCAGGAUCCCCUCGUACUGGGUAACGACAUCGUAUCCUACCCAACUGAACAACGUGCUGUAGUUAUUGAAGGAACAGAUGAGCACGGGAAUGUAGUAUCCCUAGAUCCACAGACGUGGUGUUUGGAAAUAUCUGAAGAAGCGUCUCAGAAUCCAAUUAUUGUAUAUGGCACCAAACAUGAUGGCAGCGCAGCACUGAAUUUUAGCUAUACGUUUGAAAACAUAUCAACGUAUAAUCUCACCAUAAGACCCAAGGAUGCUUCCCAAACCCACGUCAAAGUCCCAUCUUUCGUGAUCCAAGUCAAGCGCCCUCCGAUUGAUUUAAGUAGAUGUAAAGCAAAGGUCUGUCAGGAAGAGCCUAUAUUUACUGGUGGAUUUAGACCUCUUCAGCUACAGGUUCUUUUCUAUGAUUGUACAAAUGAGAAGUAUAGGAUUGAAGAUCAUGAAAUUCCUCACCUGAAGGUGAAGGUCGAUGGGAGAAUUUGUCAUCAUAGCGUUAAACGUGGAAACCAACCUAACGAGCUCUUUCUUGUCCUUGACCAAAUCAAAGAAGGAGGAGAAAAGGAUAUACAAGUGAUUUAUAAAGCUGAAGUAUUUUCUUGCCUGAAGGCCAAUGUUAUUGGUGUUAUUCCCUACGACAAAGAGGACUAUUUUAAGGUCGAGGGAGAUCAAAAUAUAAKAUGUUUAGGUGUUUCAAGAAGAUUUCUGAUUGGGGAAGACUACGCUAAUAUAAACAAUAUCCAUCGCGUACUAGACAUUAAAGGCGAUUUAUUGGCAGAUGAUCCUGAUCUUCGUGAAGUCAUCAAUGAGAAAGCAAAGGACAAAGUAGUCAUCGAACUAGAAAGUUACUCAUCUGAUGCAUUCUCCAAAGUUUUCCACCUUUUUUCGAUGCUGGUGAAGGGCGCGCACCAUUACAGAGGCCAAGCUAAGGGGUUUGACAAGGAAAGAGAGAAAUGGAAAAAUGAAGCAACGGAACAAUAUCGACUUGGACACCAUCAAAAAUCCAAGGAAUGCAAAGCUAUCAAAGAGAAAUACGGAAAACUGAUGAAUGAGAGUAACAGAUUAGCGUCUGAUUCUAUCUUUGAAUUUUACAAUGAUAGUCGCCAUGACAGCGAGAUUGAUCUACACGGACAGCUAGUCGCUGAUGAAGAACAGCUACAAGUUUACAAACGACAACUGCUAGGGAAGAGAAAUACAAAACGCGGCGAGAUUGAUGGUAUAAUCGAGAGAGAACGCAAUGAGGGAGAUGAAGCCAUUCGUCUUCUAAGAGAACGCCUGACAAAACUAAGAAAUAAAGAAGAGAGACCAAGUGAGCGCGACUGGUUGGAGAUCAUAGACGGAGCGGGACACCACUCGAAAGAAGGGCAGAAAAUACGACCAAAAGUAGUGAAAUUCCUCGAGAAACAAAAGGAGAAAUACACUAAAGCAAACAAGGGAGCCCUGCUAAUCACCUUCUCAGAAUACAAAGGCAAAGAACCGUGCUAUGCUAACUUCUACUGUAAGAUGCCGAAGUGCGAGAAAGCAUGGGUGAGCCACACUAGUUGGAGGGGGUAUUAUCAGAAAUGCUUUCGGUGUGAUUCUGAUUGCAGGGACUCGAAAUGCUAUCCAUUUAAGCUGAGGUCUCCUUCCUUUUCGACAAGACCGAGAAGAAAGGGAACUUCGUCUAUUGUUUUUACCGAUGAAGACCACAUUAGACUUUGUCAAAAGUGCCAAGACCUUGGUAAGGACUGUAGAAAAACGUCAUAGGUUUGAACGACUGCAUUACGACAAUAAUUAUUAGGUACCAGCUCAGAGGAACUCCGCAACCGAUGUGCACUAAAAAAAAACUCAUAGCGCACUAAAUAUUUAUCUAAUGACUAUAAACGUAUAUGUUUUCUUGACGCUGAAAAAACACAGGUAUCAACCAUGAUUAUUCUCUUUUUAUCAAAAUAAUCAGGUUUUUUUUUAAUAUUACGAGUUUGCAUUAUUUUUGAUCGCUCUUUUUUCAAGAAGUUCUAGGAACGAAUCUGUGUAGUUCAGCUUGCUCAAGAAAUUAUACAGAUUGCUUUUAUAGACAUUAGAUAAAUAGUUAGUGCGCGCUAGAGUGAAGCCACUAAACCAGAGAUACUAGACUAUUAUACCUUAGUAGACCUUAAUGGACCUAAUCCACUUGGGCGUAUUGUUUUCCCAUUUCAGACCACGUGUCAUUCUCUUGAGAAUAAGGUUCUUUGUUUGAGUUGUAUCCAUAUUCAUGUGUCUUCUCAUGUGCAACCGUUAAACAAAGAAAUGAUACUCAAGGAAUGACACGUGGUCUGAAAUGGAAAAUAAUGGAUUAGGACUAUUUUAUUGUUUGCUUUUGUCUAUUACACGUUGACUAAUAUUUAUAUAUUUUACGGGAUAAAUGCCUUCACUCUAUGAGGUCCCUAGCUUCAUUAGUGCGAUUUUGGCAUUACUAGGGCAUAGAUACUUUAGACAUGAAUCGUUUUCUGAGUAACGUUUUUGCUUCCGUAAAAAGUUUGCUUUUGCUUUGUUUGGAUUGAGCGAAGCCAAAAACACAAUGCCUAAGAAUUCUGUAGAUCGCAGGAAAUAUAUGUGAGUCGGAGUUACCAUACAGGUCGAGAAGACUGAUAAAUUGAAUAUGAUAGCUCGAUUGUUUAAUAUAAUUAGGUUAAGCAAAUUAUCUUAAAUGUUAGAGACGUGCAAAUAAUCCAUUGUGCGGAACAUUGACCAAUCACGAUACUGUAUUUUCGCAAGCUAAUAGAACUUUUCCGAAAUCGCUUGAAUGACCACGAAACAUUGGUUUGAAGUCAAGACAGAACAUGAUUCUUUUAUUCAUCAAGUCCAACCUCCACUUGAAACCAUUGUUUUGUGUCCAGUCAAGCGAAUUCGGGAAAGGUAUAUUAUCAGAACCUAAAUUACAAAACUCAAGCACAAAUCAAGGUGCAAGAAAAGGAAAAACCAUAUUUUUCCACUUUUAUUUGUGUCUUAUUUUGUGUAGUUCACAUGUAAUUUUGCUUGUGCUUAUGUUUGCUUGUCAUUUGCAUCUGUGUUGCUUGAGACUUACCAAUGUCUCUGGGGUGAAAACUAUUCUGUGCAUAGUAGUAUAGUAACUGAUUAUAGUAACUGUAUACUAACUAAUUAAGCUAAAAGCAGCUGCAUGCCAAGGAAAUAACUAUAUUUACUAGAAGCUUUCAGCAUAUCAAGUUUUACUCUAUAUGUUAGUGUCGAAGUUGGAGUAGAGAAAGCUCACUUCAUAUAUGGUAUGAUCAAUUCCACAUUUGGAUUGUGUGGAAAAGCGGCAAACGAAAAGGCCAUUAUUUUAUAACGAAUUGGACAUGAACAUUUUUGAAGAAGAAAAGAAAAGAAAAAAAGACAAGUAAAAAAAGAAAAACAUUUUGGAAAAUCGAGGAAGGAUAUGGGGACGAUGCUAACUCGUGGGUCUGCCUUGCAGACAACAGACACAGGGAAAUACAACACUCAAUGUUUUAUAUGGUUUUUGAACACAGCAAAGAUUUUACGAAUAGUAGAAGGAUUUCUAUGGGUAUUGCAUUCUAUACAGAAAUAUACAACUCAAAGUUCAAGUUCAAAGACUUUUAACGUGAUACAAAGGAUUAUGGGAAUGAAUUUAGCAACAAUAUUGGUGGACUACCUGUGGUUUGACUUUGAAGAUGACUUCCCUUUAGGUUGUUAAAAUGUCAGUCAAAACCAAAAACUGUCUUUCUUAAUAAACAUAUCUAUCUAAAUA